CAAUUACGCAAGAAGAAGAUGGUGACGUCACAAGUCACUUCCGAAAAUACAACAUGGCGGCGGCCGCGAGGACGGUGCUGGGCCGAGUGACGUGGAGCAGCCGCAGAGUUUUCUCUCAGAACUGGAACCAGCGGAGGAGUCUGAACACUGGCCGUGGCUUUCUGCCCCGCCCCCGGCCCCUCCCAAUCUUGUUGUUGACAGGAGGUGGUUACCUUGGUUACCAGCAGUACAGGAGGAGUGGCCAACAUGAGGCUGAAGCCCCGCCCCCUCUCGCCACACCUACACAGGCUGCAGCUUCCUCGCCUGACUCUCCGUCACCGUCUGAGCGCGCUCAGUGGCGGCUUGUGUCGCCCCGCCCCUUGGCGCCGGCGUCCAAUCAGCUUCUUCUGCUACGUCCUGUCUGUCAGUGGUCUGCAGCCACUGGCCAACCGGGUGGCGCUGUACCGCUCCUUCCCGACGCGCUUCGUAUCGAGGGCGUGGGGGCGUCUGAACCGCGUCGACCUCCCGCUGUGGCUCCGUAAACCGAUCUUCUCCCUCUACAUCUGGACGUUUGGAGUCAACAUGCAGGAGGCGGCGGUGGAGGAUUUGCAUCAUUACAGGAAUCUGGGGGAAUUUUUCCGUCGUCGUCUCAAACCUGCAGUCAGACCUGUCUGCGCCUCCUCCUGCCUGAUUUCUCCGGCCGACGGGAAAAUCCUCCACUUUGGGCGCGUGAAGAACUCGGAGGUGGAGCAGGUGAAGGGAGUCACCUACAGCCUGGAGAACUUCCUGGGUCCUCAGAGGAGGCGCAGCGACGACUCCUCCUCCUCGUCCUUCAGGGACCUCCUCCUGUCGUCUCCUGGUAACGACCUCUUCCACGUCGUCGUCUACCUGGCGCCAGGCGACUAUCACUGUUUUCAUUCGCCCACCGACUGGAGGGUGGAGCUUCGACGGCAUUUCCCAGGUGCGUUGAUGUCGGUGAACCCGGGCGUAGCUCGUUGGGUUAAAGAGCUCUUCUGCCUUAAUGAACGGGUGGUGCUGACCGGCCAGUGGCAGCACGGCUUCUUCUCCUUGACGGCGGUCGGAGCCACAAACGUCGGCUCCAUCAGAGUUUACUUCGAUGAGGAGCUUCAGACCAACGCUCCUCGAUACAGAAAAGGCUCGUUCCACGACCACAGCUACACGGCCGCCUGCAACCAGCUGGUGAAGAUGGCGGGAGAAAGGGGCGUGGUCUCGGCGGAUGGAGGGGGCGUGGCCUUACAGAAGGGGGACGCUGUUGGGGAGUUUAACCUGGGCUCCACCAUCGUUCUGCUGUUUGAGGCUCCCAGAGACUUUAGGUUCAACCUGCAGCCUGGACAGCGAAUCAGAGUCGGAGAAGGCCUCGGCUCUCUGUGAUUGGCCACGCUGCAGGUCACCAUGGCAACGCGUCCCCGUCCAUCUGAUUGGUCGUCUAAACCAGCACCAGCGCCUUCUGGAGGUUUCAGGCGGCGGUGCCUGAGGCAUUAUGGGUAAUGUCCAAAGUGAAGAGACUGAAGGGGACAGGUUUAUUUAUAAAACUCCCAGAAUGCCUUGUGCCAAACCCUCUGUUCAGUACAUCCUAUUUAACUAACGAUGCAUUUUUACUGAAGACUGAAAUGUAACUUUUGAUGUUGUUGCCAGACAGUUUGAAUGUUUAAGCUCCAUCUCAGUUUUUAUUUCUGUUCUUGAACCAACUACUUUAAUUUUGUUAAAUGUUGAUGAUGAAUAAAUGAAUAAAUGUUUUGGAGAACG